AUGCCCAUUCUUCCUGGGGGAGAAUGGCCCCUGCUCGUCCCCUUCCAGGCAGGGCUGGUGCCCACAGUGUCCCCAUCCCACGGCCCAGAUGUGCGAGCCGCGGGAGAGGAGGCCUUGGCUGAGCCAGCGGUCCCAGGUCGCAGCUGGGGGGGGGCAACCCAGCGUCCAGAGGAAAGGGACCGUCGGUGGGCGGGACGCGGGAGACUGCACCGCCCUCCGUCCUGGGCCGGCCUGUACCCUACUUCCGGGCUGUCAGGGCCAGGCCCGCUCACACCCACGACCACGCACCCACGCACGCAGACCCUGUCCCUGCCAGGGCGCACACCCGGCGCGGCCUACUUUAUGGGGUGUGCAUCGGCAGGGGAGGGCGUCGGACCCCUGGGCCCUGCCGUGAAGGUCGGGGGAGGAACUGCGAUCCUGGGCAGCACUGAGCGGACCCACAGGAGCUUGGUGGCAAUACUGGCGGUCACCGAAGCCCUGGAAAGGGUUAAACAGGAGAAGGGCCUGUCCGGCACAGGUGGACCCCUCGCCUUUCCGGAAGGGAAGCGCGGGAUGGCUGCGUCACCCGUUCUCGUCCGCCUGCGCCCUGGCUCUGCACACGCGCCGCCCCGCCCGCCCCACACCGUGCGCCGGGAUCGUCCGGGAUCCUCGGCGGCAGCGGGAGCGCCCUUCUGUCCUCCCGCCUGCUCCCUCCCGGUGACUGCCACCUCUCCGUUCCGAAGUGUUGGAAAUUACAGAACAGACUGCAGUUAAGGGGGCUGCAGAGGGGAACGGGGCCCUAAAAUGCGGCCCGACUGAGCACGAAGCAGUGUUUUUGCCUGGAGCCAGGCGGGAGGCGCUGACGAGUCUGUACCCACUUCACCCCCAAUGUAACUGCGGGCAGUGCGGCCGGGUGGGCUGCUGCGAGGGCUGCCUGUAGGCCUGCACCGGCCCCUUGUUUGUUGCUUUGAAAGUCAAAGGGCCACAGAUGGAGAGGAGAGGCUUGAAGCCCGGGGAGGUCUGGACUUCAGACUUCCUGCUUGCUCUGUGCACACAGUCUUCUCUAAGCCUCCGGACAGCCAGGAGACGACCGUCACAGAUGCGGGAACCAAGGCACUGAGCGACCCACUGCGCACACAACUGCCUGGACCCGGGGAUUUCAGCCCCGAGUCCUCUUUCAGAUCUCCCUGCCUCUGCAGUCCCAUUUCACGGAUGAAGCGGAACAGCGCGAGCACCUUGGGAGAGAGAAACUCGCCCAGGUCACCGAGCUGAUUCAUGGGUGAGCCAGGAGUGGCCAUGGGUCUCUCUGGCCCCAGAGAAUCAGUGUUUUCCCUGCCCUUUACCAAGUCUUGGGUAGGAGUGCCAGAUUCACUGAAACAAAAACAAAAACCAGGAUGGCCCGUUAAACUUGAAUUUCGGAUAAGCAAUGAGUUUUCUCGAGUAUUACAGUGAUGUCCCAGGGGCAGGGGACUUAGCUCAGUGAAAGCACAAGGUCCUGAGUUCAAUCCCCUGUGUGUGUGUGUG